AUGUCCGAAACUUUCCUGUCUGUUCGACUGCUUGUUUCCACCGAACACGACCCCAUGACGGCCCACGUCUUUACCGCUCACAUCGGCAUUCGUCUGUUGGAGUGCAUCUACGACCCGGCCCUUUGCCUCGAGAGCGUUACCUGGCCCACUAUCCAGCACUCCGAGCUUCCCAUCGAGCCCUACAACACUUUCGCUGACCGCCUCGUGGCUGAGCUUCUCGGCUUCCGCUAG